AUGUUCGUGAUUGUCGACGUCGAUCCGUGUGAGCUGUCUGUGUGUGAUGGAAGAAGGCAUACAUUGUGGAAGCGGGGCUGCGCCGUUCGGGAAGCGGAACGCUUCUCACGACCCUUGCGCCCUGCCGCCUUUUCAAUUUUAGGCUCGAGCUUCGCAGAGACGAUUUCCGAUUUUGUGCGUCGUUGCUCAACCCGAUUUCGCGACUUUUUCCUCUUCCCGCUCUCUCCUCUCCGCGUGUGUGCAUGGUUUGGCAUCGCACGCAUCGUGCCUGUGCACCGCUCCACUUUCACCGUCACCCACCAUCCAUCCACCACCAUCACCUCAUCUUCGACUUCUCCCUCUCCAGUACGACCGUUACGACCCACCCUUCAUCCCACCAUCUCCAUCGAGGAGUGA